UCUUGGUCCUCAGAAGGAAUGCAAUAGUUAGCUGGGGUAAUCCUGGACAAAGAGUAACCUAGGAACCUUGCCUAUAGGGAACGAGAGCAGCCACCCAGAUUUGCACAGCCUGGCUCCUUCGAGUAUGAGUAUGCCAUGCGCUGGAAGGCACUCAUUGAGAUGGAGAAGCAGCAGCAGGACCAAGUGGACCGCAACAUCAAGGAGGCUCGUGAGAAGCUAGAGAUGGAGAUGGAGGCUGCACGCCAUGAACACCAGGUCAUGCUAAUGAGACAGGAUUUGAUGAGGCGCCAAGAAGAACUUCGGAGGAUGGAAGAGCUGCAUAACCAAGAGGUGCAAAAACGAAAGCAGCUGGAGCUCAGGCAGGAGGAAGAGCGCAGGCGCCGUGAAGAAGAGAUGCGGCGACAGCAGGAAGAAAUGAUGCGGCGACAGCAGGAAGGAUUCAAGGGAACCUUCCCUGAUGCGGUAUAUCUCCCAUGUACCCAUGAUGUACCAGGCCAGUUGUGAUAAGCCUGACUCACCAUGAAUUGUCUGCUAGGAUACCGGUUAUAACCAAUUUUCCUGUGUUGUGAAAUAGCACUUUAGAAAAAAGAAUUCAUGAGAAGGAGAGGUAAGGUUUGAAGAGGAGUUCUUUUUGUUGUUGUUGU